GGGCGGGGUCGUAGCCAUGGCAACGCUCUCGCAGCCUUUGCUGUUCGGGCAGGCGGGAAGCGGGAGUGCAGGGGCGCUGGCGACGGACGGGGCAGCGAGUGCGGAGGGGCCCUGGCGGCCCGGGCCGCUGCAGGACGAGACCCUGGGCGUGGCGUCCGUGCCCUCGCAAUGGAGGGGCAUCCAGGGCGUCCGCGGGGAGACGAAGAGUUGCCAGACCACCAGCAUCGCCACAGCUGAGGCGGGCACCCAGGCCCGGAAGUGCACGGACGCUCAGGUGCAGACCGAGGCCCCGGUGCCGCCCGCGCCCCCUGCGCCCCGGCCCGACGCACCCGGGCUGCUCGCCUUCCUGCGCCGUGUGGAGCCCGCGGUCACUCGCGAGCUGAGCCGGAACUGGCAGAGCCACGCGUUCGAUGGCUUCGAGGUGACCUGGACCGAGCCACAGCAGACGGUGACCUGUCUGCACACACUGGGUUACCCGCCGGCCCAGGAGCAGGGUCUGCACGUGACCAGCGUGUCCUGGAAUGCCACCGGCUCCGUGCUGGCCUGUGCCUAUGGCCGGCUGGACGAUGGGGACUGGAGCACGCUCAGGUCCUACGUGUGCGCCUGGAACCUGGACAGGCGCGGCCUGCACCCGCGGCAGCCGUGGGCGGUGGUGGAGGUGCCCAGCGCCACCAUGUGCCUGGCCUUCCACCCCACACAGCCCUCGCAGAUCGCAGGAGGGCUGUACAGCGGCGAGGUGCUGCUGUGGGACCUGGGCCGGCCCGAGGACCCGCUGCUGUGGCGCACAGGCCUGACGGAAGACAGCCACGCGGACCCCGUGUGCCAGGUGGCGUGGCUGCCUGAGGCGGGGCGCGGCCCCUGCUCCCGGCUGCUCAGCGCGGCCCCCGACGGCAAGGUGCUGCUGUGGCAGGGCGGCGGCGCGGGCGGCCUGCAGCUCCGCGAGGGCUUCGCCCUGGUCCUGCAGCAGCUGCCUCGGAGCGCCCGGCUGAAGAAGCCUCCCCGGGGCGAGACCGAGGUGGGCGCCACGGCGGUGGCCUUGUCCAGCUUCGACCCCAGCCUCUUCAUCCUGGGCACGGAGGGCGGCUUCCCGCUCAAGUGCUCCCUGGCGGCGGAAGAGGCGGCCCUGGCGCGGAUGCCCAGCUCCGUGCCCCUUCGGGCCCCGGUGCGCUUCGCCUUCUCCCCGCACGGCGGCCCCGUCUACUCCGUGAGCUGCUCCCCGUUCCACAGGCGCCGCCCUGCCUGCCCUAGGAACCUCUUCCUGAGUGCAGGGACCGACGGCCACGUCCACCUGUACUCCAUGCUGCAGGCGCAGCCCCUGGCCUCGCUGCGCCUGUCCCCCCAGUACCUGUUCGCGGUGCGCUGGUCCCCCGUGCGCCCCCUGGUCUUCGCGGCUGCCUCCGGGGAAGGUGACGUCCAGCUCUUUGACCUCCAGAGAAGCUCCCAGAAGCCCGCGGUGUCCGUUGAGCAGACCCAGGACGGAAGCCCCGUCUACUGUCUCGAGUUUAACAGCCAGCAGCCCCAGCUCCUGGCUGCCGGCGACGCCCAGGGCGCGGUCAAGGUGUGGCGGCUGAGCUCGGCGUUCACGGAACAAGGGCCCCGGGAGACCGAGGACCUGGACCUGCUGGCAGCCGAGGUGGCCACCUGAGCCUGGGAAGCCCAGGGAGGCGCCCCUCCCCUGUGGUUCAGGCGGGAGCUGAAUGAAGGGGUGAAGCCUU